AUGAGCUGUCGCCUGCAGAGCUCCUCUAGCUAUGGAGGUGGUUUUGGAGGUGGCUCUUGCCAGCUGGGAGGAGGUCGGCGUAUUUCUACCUGUUCCUCUCGGUUUGUCUCUGGAGGCUCGGCUGGAGGCUAUGGGGGUGGCAUGAGCUGUGGCUUUGGCGGAGGAGCUGCUGGUGGCUUUGGUGGUGGCUUUGGUGGAGGUUUUUGUGGUAGCUUUGGUGACUUUGGUAGCGAUGGCGGCCUCCUCUCUGGCAAUGAGAAGAUCACCAUGCAGAACCUCAACGAUCGCUUGGCCUCCUACCUGGAAAAGGUGCGCGCUCUGGAGGAGGCCAACGCCGAGUUGGAAGUGAAGAUCCGUGACUGGCACCUGAAACAGAGCCCAACUAGCCCAGAGAGGGACUAUAGUCACUACUACAAGACCAUCGAAGAGCUCCGGGCAAAGAUCCUGGUAGCCACCACUGACAACAACCGGGUUCUUCUGGAGAUUGACAAUGCCAGGCUGGCUGCGGAUGACUUCAGACUCAAGUAUGAGAAUGAACUGACCCUGCGCCAGAGCGUGGAGGCCGACAUCAAUGGGCUGCGCAGGGUGCUGGAUGAGCUGACCCUGUCUAAGGCCGACCUGGAGAUGCAGAUCGAGAGUCUGAACGAGGAGCUGGCCUACAUGAAGAAGAACCACGAGGAGGAGAUGAAGGAGUUCAGCAACCAGGUGGUAGGCCAGGUCAACGUGGAGAUGGAUGCCACCCCUGGCAUUGACCUGACCCGCGUGCUGGCUGAGAUGAGGCAGCAGUAUGAAGCCAUGGCAGAGAAGAACCGUAGGGAUGCCGAAGAAUGGUUCCAGAGCAAGAGUGCAGAGCUGAACAAGGAGGUAUCCUCCAAUGCUGCCAUGAUCCAGACCAGCAAGACGGAGAUCACAGAGCUCAGGCGGACACUCCAGGGCCUGGAGAUCGAGCUGCAGUCCCAGCUCAGCAUGAAAGCUGGGCUGGAAAGCACCUUGGCCGAGACGGAGUGCCGCUACGCCCUGCAGCUGCAACAGAUCCAGGAGCUCAUCACCAGCCUUGAGGCCCAGCUGAGUGAGCUGCGCAGUGAGAUGGAGUGCCAGAACCAGGAGUACAAGAUGCUGCUGGACAUCAAGACACGGCUGGAGCAGGAGAUCGCCACCUAUCGCAGCCUGCUCGAGGGCCAGGAUGCCAAGUAG